AUGUCGACUACACCAUUAGCAUGUACAUUACAACAACUACACAUAAAAAUGAGUGUGUGUAAUGACAUAGAUCGUAGUUUACAUGCUAAAGGUUGUUUACCUCGAAUGGAAGCCUUGCAUACAUUUACUUUUUUAAAAUCAUUUCAUUCGUAUUCCAGUGAAGAAUGGACACUAGUUAAUGUAUUAACUAGUUCUAGUGUUAUGCCUAUUUUACGACGAAUGAAUUUCUCUAUUGUUAUUGCUCGUAAUGAUCUUGAUCGAAUGACUAAUUCAGCACUCUUUACUGAUUAUCGUCGUGUUGAUAUUCAUUAUGCUUUAAUUAUCAAUGAUAAUCGACCACUUUUUGAACUUAGUAAAUAUGUACCACGUGGUAGUCAAUCUCAUCCACGUCAAAUAGCUAGUGCAACAUUUAUGUUUGACUAUUGGCCUCAUGAUCAACCGUUCACAACUUCCGAGCAAUUUUAUGUAAGUUAUCACUUGAUAAACAUCAAGAUUUACUUCAAUGAUAUACAAGUUACUGUAUCCAUCUCAUUAUUUAAUCGUUUUUUAGUUUGGAAAACGAAAACAACGACAACAUCUUUUCUACACGUUGCCAUGGAUCUUCAAGGAAUUCUAUGA